AUGAUAGAACUUGUUACGAAGUAUCCCAUGUACUCACUCUGCUCCUCUAUUUCAGUUGCACUGUUACACAUUGCACUGUUACAUAGUAGAGAUGAUAGAACUUGUUACGAAGUAUCCCAUGUACUCACUCUACUCCUGUUUGAUGAACAAGCUAAAUUCUUUGUUGGAGGGAAUAAAACUACCACAUUUUCUGUGCCAAAUAUUGUCAAGUUAAGAUACAAAUUGCCAUUCCGAGCCAACACCCAUUAUGACAAGAGUCCAAACCGCUGUGCAUCACCACCAGAUCCUGAUCCCCUAAUGACGGGGCUGCCUCUAGAGAUGAUGAGGAUAACUUGGAAUGCAGCUUGGCAUUCUGGGAUGGAUACUCUUGUUAAAACACUUGCAGCAAACAAAUCUCUGGAUUCUGACCUAGAGUUUUCACCCAAGUUAAAGCUCACUGCCACAGAUAGAGUUGUGUCAGUGACAAGUCAUGUCAAACAGGGACUUCAGACAGGAAUCUAUGAUAUCUCCAACUCAACGUCCCACUAUGCGGUGUCAAGGUCGCUGACACGCCUUCUCAGUUACCUUGUAGUGAGAAAUGAUACAGCUGUAACCAACGUCUUCCAUACUUUGGACUGGUGUGGUGCGAUUUCUAGGUUUGUUAAAGUGACACCUUCAUCAUCAGCAGAUGAGUCUCUCCUGUUAGAUAUUUUGAGGUUCAUUAGCGUAGUUUUAAAAUUGACCAAUCGUGCACCAGAUAACAUCCUGCAAUGGGUUGGAGAGGUGCUGUAUCAUCCAAAGGGUCCUCUGAUUGGACUGUUACAUAGACAGUCUGCAAGAGAGGCUGCAGAGGAAGUGUCAGAGCCUGUAGUUAAUAUUAAAAGGUCUUUAGACAAAUCCCUGCUGGCAUUUAUAUCAGCUUACAACAGUUCCUUGCCAUAUCUCCUCACUGUUAGGUUGAAGUUCCACCAGUUACGGGGAGAUUUAGCAUACAAGUUGUUACAGAGGCUCAAUGUAACAGAUGCUCCACAUUUCUACAACCUCGCCUCGUUGGAAGGAACCUUACAGUGUUUGAUGCAUAUCACAGCAAGACCAGGCUGGAGUCAGGAGUGCACGGAACAGGAAAGAGGUCCACUUUGUUGUCAAGUUCUCAGCUGUCUCCUUGAGGUUGUCUCUGCAUUUCAUAUUGGUCGUGGUGGAACAUCUAUGUCAUUUAUGGGAAAAGGCGUUACCAAGGCAGCUACGCUAUGUCUGCGUCAUCUGGCAUAUGAAAUGGCUACCCUGUCAGAAGAUCAGAAAUGGCCCAAGAAUUGGCUGUAUUCACGUCACUCAGAUGAGGUUACUGGAGAUCCAGGAUUAGAUUGGAUGCUGACAUUGUGGGCGUACAGAGAUGCUGAGGUUAGAACCGCAGGUCUCGGUAUUGCUGUGACUUUGAGUGCUACUGAAGAAGGUCGUCUGCUGCUGACUGCAAAUUGUAAACAUAUCCCAGGAGGCAUCUGGGCUGCAGCCUUCAGUAUACUUCUUGACCAAUCAGAAUGCAGCAUGGUUAGGCAACAGGCUGCGUUACUCCUGGUGAACCUGACAUCACACAGUCUACCCAGUGGAAGCUCCGAGUCUGAUCACAAAACAUGGCAAGGACCUGUGGUUAUGGAUACGGAGUCCCAGGUUUCGCUGACGGGACUCACAGCUCUGCUGGCCCUGUUACAUCAUUGUCAGUUCUAUAGAGAGAUGACAGUGCUGUUGUCAAGCUAUUAUCCUCAGCCGACAAUCCAGCCGUCGGUGACCUCUGACCUUUACCAGUUAUCAGCGUCUGCUUCUGAUAAUACAUUGUCAGUUCUAGCUGAUGCAGGUUUGGUACCUAGAGCCGGAAGUUCGCACCACAAUACCAUGUCUAUGCUGCAGUCAUCUGGUGUGUCAUCAGUGCGAAUGUCAGAGCGACCUGGUGCUAUAGGGGCAAAUGGACAACCAGCGGCACAGCAGACACCAAACAGUAGCAGCAGAACAACUCCUCCCACAACCAGGGAUCAAGGUCAAGGUGAUGAUGAUUGUGGAAGGGAGGUAAAUGCAUAUGAGAAUGUUACAACACCAUGUUUAGUAUCAUCAAUAUCUCAGUUGGUGCGUAAUUUGAUGAUACAGGCACCACAGGAUACAGUGACCUCAUUGAAGAAUGAAUCUCUUAUACCAUUCUUUGUUAGUAUGAUAGAUGCAAGUUUCCUGGAAGGAAUUCAGGUCCUCACAUCAUCCCAGCAACUGGAACUCUUCUUCUCAGAACUUGUUGAAAUGCAUGUGAAUAUUUUACACUUAUUGCGGACAUGUCUCGUUCAUGACUCAUCAACAAGGAUGGAUAUCCUACAGGACAAGGUGGCACUUGGAGGAAUCAUGUCAUUGCUAAGGAUAUUUUCAGAUGUGACUGAAGACACUCAUUCUUGUUGCUUGGCAUUAUGGGAAGCUGUUCUAUCCUUCUUGACAACACUGAUACAGGUACAGUGUGCCCCGGCUGUCGAGGUGUUGGCACAGGUCUUACAGAAACAGUGGGUUCCCAUUGCAGACAAUCUGCAGAGGAUAUUGGAGGGAGAGUUUGGGAAGAGACCACUGUAUGUAUAUUGUUUGAACUUUCUGUCAGUCAUGUGUAGCGAGGAGGGGAAACUGCAGAGUAGGAAAAGUGAUGACGACAAUACUCCUACCAUAACAAAACUGUUCAACAUGUCUCUUCAACCAGAUGUAGAGGAUAAAGAUGCCACCCAGGUUACAGCAGGCUCGCGUUUUUGCAAGGCUCUAGUUACUUCCUUUGACCAAUUCAUCCUUCGCAAGUCUGAGAGUCCAAAUCCAGGGGAGAGAAUUCAUGUAAUCACAGCUUUAAAAUGUCUUCUGUCUGUGUCCCAGUCUGCCAAGAGAACUGCUUUGGAAUUGGGUCUGGUUGAAAACCUGUUGGAGCAUGUGAAACAGACAAACUCCAAGCUGAACAUGAACAUGUUGUUAGUUCAGAAAGAAUCCAACAAGGUGAAAGAUGAUCCUGGUAUACAUGAACUCACCCUGACCUUUGACCUCUUGCGCAACUUCAUGUAUAGGAAUGAGGAUGUUAAGAUGGCUUGUUACCACAGUGGUUUACAUGAUGUGGUACAUAAAUUGUGGUCAUGGAGUCAGUUACAUCAUACAUUGAUGGUGUGUGUAUUAUCCCUGCUAACCACCUACACUGCUGUUUGUCCUACAGCCACAAGCUCAUUAGCCCAUUCCAGUGGUACCGUGACGGGAUCUGCUGCUGGCAACAAGUCCUUGGUUCACUGUGUUAUCAAAUAUACAGAGAAAGGCAAACAUAAAGAUCCCAUGAUGAAAUGUCUGUAUGGUCUGCUGGCAAAUUUAGCUUUGUCCUCGGAAUGUAGAACUAUUAUUUGGAAGAGUAAUUUCUUACAAGAGUUUGGAAGCUUGAAUCCUAAAAGAUCAAAAACAGCAAAAGCUAAAGGGAAACAAAUCUUGCAUGAAGUGUUGUGGCUAGAGUUACUCCUGAAUUUAUCAUUCUCACUAGAAGGACAACAGAUGAUCUUAAAAAUUCAAGAUGCUGUUGAUAUACUGUUGGAGUUUCUUGAGUGUCCCAAUAGUCGACAACAAGAAUGUGCUGUAAUCAUCAUCAGAAACCUCUGCUGUCAUUCCAGUAAUAAACCAAAAGUGCUUGCAAAUGAUAAACUGUUGCCACGACUACUGCAGUGUGUUGAAUGUGAUGAUGAGAGAUUGAAGACUGUGGGAGCCUCAGCCCUAUGGGCACUUGUCUAUAAUAACCAGAAGGCAAAGGUAGUAAUGAAGAAUGCAAAUGUGGUACCAAAACUUCAGGAGGCGUUGAGUUGUGGACAGGAAGAUAAUAUAUCAGAGAAAUGUGCUACAGAUAUUCAAGCUAUCAUACAAACUGUCAGUGAAUAAAUAAAUACUGCCCGAGAUAUUCAGUGAAUAAAGUGAUAUUGCCUGGAACAUUCAUUGAAUACAGUAUACUGUCUAGGACAUUUAGUGAAUGAAGUGAUAUUGUUUGAGACAUUAAUUGAAUAAAGUUAUAUUGUCUGGAACAUUCAUUCAGUACAGAUGAAUUGUCUCGGACAUUCAUGGAAUAUAGAGAUGUAUAUAUUAAUUGUCUUGAAUAAAGUGAUAUUGUCUGUAAUAGUCGGCGAAUAGAGUGAUACUGUCUGUGACAUUCAGUGAAUAGACUCUUAAGUAAUAUCAUUACUAGGAUAUAAGUAUCCAAAGUAAUUGGCUGUAAUGUAGUACUUGGACAACCAGCAGACAGCAGGUUAAGAGAUGUUGUCAAACUGUAGAUAUUACAGAUUGUCAGCAGAUUGAGUUGACAUUAAUGAUGGAAUAAACCUUUAUGCAGGAUUUGAUUUGUUUUUAGUGUGCUGACAUCUGCACAAGCCAGAAGUCACAUAACAAUCCUUCUGCAGAUGUUAAUUCUUGAAAAAUAUGUGUGAUAUCACUAUGACAGUUCUUUGUAUUUUGAUGAAAAUGUUUUAAUUUUUGUGAAUUCAUUUGAGAGUUGUUUCUCAGAUCUCCUUGUAUGCAUCUAGAUAGACUGUGAUAAAAAAAGUAAAAUUUAGAUAGAUGUAUACAAAGUUAGUGAUUCUAAGUGAUCAGUUCUAAACUAGUUGUUUAUAUAUUAAAUUCUCACACUUUAUAUACAGCAAGUGUUAAUGAUACAAUAGCUAGGCUUAACUUUUUUUAUGGCCCCGAAGGGAGGCAUAUAGUUUUUGAACCGUCUGUCAGUCUGUCCGCAAUUUUCGUGUCCGGUCCAUAUCUUUGUCAUCGAUGGAUGGAUUUCAAAUAACUUGGCAUGAAUGUGUACCACAGUAAGACGACAUCUCGCGCGCAAGACCCAGGUCCGUAGCUCAAAGGUCAAGGUCACACUUAGAUGUUAAAGGAUAGUGCAUUGAUGGGCGUGUCCGGUCCAUAUCUUUGUCAUCGAUGGAUGGAUUUUCAAAUAACUUGGCAUGAAUGUGUACCACAGUAAGACGACGUGUCGCGCGCAAGACCCAGGUCCGUAGCUCAAAGGUCAAGGUCACACUUAGACGUUAAAGGAUAGUGCAUUGAUGGGCGUGUCCGGUCCAUAUCUUUGUCAUCCAUGGAUGGAUUUUCAAAUAACUUGGCAUGAAUGUAUACCACAGUAAAACGACGUGUCGCGCGCAAGACCCAGGUCUGUAGCUCAAAGGUCAAGGUCACACUUAGACGUUAAAGGAUAGUGCAUUGAUGGGCGUGUCCGGUCCAUAUCUUUGUCAUCCAUGGAUGGAUUUUCAAAUAACUUGGCAUGAAUGUGUACCACAGUAAGACGACAUGUCGCGCGCAAGACCCAGGUCCGUAGCUCAAAGGUCCUAAACUCUAACAUCUGCCAUAACUAUUCAUUCAAAGUGCCAUCGGGGGCAUGUGUCAUCCUAUGGAGACAGCUCUUGUUUUUCAUAUGUUAUAUUGAUCAUAAAUACUAUAUGUUUGUAUUUAUAUUACAUCUCUGAAACAACAAACUUGUAAACUAACGGCAGCUGUUUGAAUAAUGGUUGUUCUAACAAUGCUUUACAACCAGCUCCUUCACCUGGGCAAAGCAUAGUGAAAAGCAGAUUUAAUGAUUUGUGAAAUCAUUUAAAUUCGCUGACAUGAAAUUUCGCGCAAACGUGAAAAAGGACUAUUUCGUGCGGGCUUUAAUUCGCGCAGUUUCAAAUUUAGUAAUGAAAAAAUAUAAUUAAAAAAUAAUAUUAGCACGGUCUUAAAUUCGUGCAUCGGUCCUAGCGUGAAAUACGCAAAAAUUCGUCCUACGCGAAUAAAAAUGAUUUCACAGUAUAUGGUACUCUUAAUUGUCCUGCCUUUACGUUAUAUCAUAGCUAUGUGAAUUCAUUAGAAAUUGUAAAGGUUUAAUUUUUUUGUGAAUGUAGAAGUAAUGUUGAUAUUUAUAAAUGUGUAUAUUUGUAUUUUAUUUAUAUUUAAACAUCUUUGAGAGACAAAUAAGUGAA